AUGCGUAUCUCAGGAUACCCAAAAUGUAGAGUAACUAAUCUUUCUUUUAACUGCUCACACUUCUUACACAGUGCGUCAAUCCAAGUAUCUCCAGGUUCCGUUUUUUCCAUAAUUUCUACGGCACCCUGCUCAGUUUCCACGUCAGAAUACUCAGCGUUACAUAUAACCGAGACCCUAGCAUCAAGUGAAGACAUGUGGGCAACCACGUCGACGAACUGUGUCAGCAGAAUUUUUUCCUCAUCUUCAACCGUAGGCCUAUUAGUUCAGUCUAGGAAGAAACCUCCAAUGGUCACAUGGGAUCAAUUUAGCAGUGCUAUAACGAAAAACGGAUUUCCAACGCCUACCAGGUCUCAAUUCGACAGGUUUACCCGCAAUCUGGGAUACGCUGGCAUAUCGGAUAAGAGAGAAGCCGCCAUGUUCUUAGCGCAGAUUGCUCACGAAUCGGGUGGUCUCCAGUUCAAAGAGCAGUUUGGCCAUAAGAAACAUUGGUACGAUUUCACCAAUAAGCCCAGAAAACGGUUACGGCGUCUGCUCCACAAGGGUGUUUCUUUUGCAAGGAGCUGUUUAUUUGAGUUUUUACGGAAAAAAUAUUUUAAUUUUAAAUCACUUCAGAUUGAACCGAAUUCGUAUUGCCGAAUGUUUUUCAAUUAUUUGGAACUAGAACUUUUUAUCUUACGACUUUUCUGGUACUUCGGAAGAGGAUACAUCCAGCUUACUGGAAAGGACAACUACCGUCGCGCUUCGAAGGAUUUAUACGGAGAUGACAGGUUGGUUCGGAACCCGGAUCUUGUAGCGAAGGACGAGGACGCUGCGUUCUUUACUGCAGGUUGGUACUGGAAGAAUAAGGUGGCUAGGAGACCAGAGGUUAAGAGAGGUAUGUUCGGAGCCGCCACGAGAGCCAUCAACGGAGGGUUGGAAUGCAAUGGAAGCAAUCUUAGGUCCAGCUUGACUAGGUUCAGGUAUUACAGAGUAGCUUACAACGAAUUCGGCCUCAGGGGGAAACCUGACGAAAGAGGUUGCUACAACUAAACUGACAACUACCAAGGGCUUAUUUCAUAAUAAAGUACUAAGACUAAUAUUAUCAGUCUUGUAACUUAAACUGCAAAAGUACAAACUACAAGUUGCGAAAUCGAAAGCUCAAGAUAACUUCUGCUGUUAUCACAAGUUUGCCGGUGUAUAAUAGCCGGUCUGGUCCGACUGCUACCUGCCAAUGUUUAUAACCUCAACACUGAUAACUCUGAUAAGCCACUGAUAAUAUCUUCGUAUUCAUAUUUAUUGUAUUAUAUUCAUAUCAUUAUAUCUUCGUAUUGUUAUUAUAUAUUCAUAUUAUUUAUUAUAUUGUAUUGAUAUUAUUGAAAUUGUGAACAAAAACAAAUGUAAUAAUAAAAAUAGGCAAAAAAUAGACAUAA